GCGCGUCGCUCUGCAAUAGAAACCGCAUGAUUACGCAACUCCGUGACACGGAGCCAAACAUUAAAUGUAUUUCUAAUUAUAGGAAAACAUGCAUUGAAAAUGAGUAAAAUUAUUAAAAUAUAAAGGAAAGUGUUAUCUUAAACCUGUAAGAUUGUAUUAUUUGCACGCAUAAAUAUAUUGAAAGCCUUAUUUGCUCAAGUGAGCUGACGUGGAGCCGGACCAGGAAGCAGCUACACACACACACACACACACUCUCUCUCUCUCUCUCACAUACACACACACACACCCAAGGGAGGAAACUGCAACACGCUUUACGGAAAGGUUUAUGUUCUGAACACCCUGCAAUGUUGAAAUGAAGAUUGAUGAAAAGGUUGUCAACUACUUUGAAUCUUGCAACUCACCUGUGGACAAAGAGGGAUACCUGUCCAAAAAGGGUGAGAUAAAGACUUCGUAUCAGAAGCGCUGGUUCGUGCUGAAGGGAAACCUCCUCUUCUACAAGGAGCGCCCGGGGGACAGGGACGUAAUUGGAGUCAUUGUUCUGGAGGGCUGCACCGUCCAGCUGUGCGAGUCCGAGGAGCAGUUCGCCUUCUCCCUGGUGUGGAGCGAGCCGGGACUCCGGACCUACAAGUUUUCAGCGGAGGACCAGGCGAGCCAGGAGAGCUGGAUCAAGGCUCUGCUGUCGGCCAGCCACAGCUACUUGGCCCUGCUGGUGACGGACAUGGAAAAGCAGUACAGAGAUGCCUUGCAGUUGCAUCCCAGCCAACUCCACCGGCCGUUCACAAUGCCAAACUUCCACACGUCAGGACCGAAAUUUGUGGAAGCCGGAGUCUCCAACCAAAUGCUUCAACCUUCAAACAUUUCAGCAGCCAGAGCGUUUUCUAAGAAAUCACCCAGACUGCGGCCUAAGAAGAACUCGAACCUGCCGCCUGUCAGCACGCCUGCUCUGCUGAUGCUGGAGUACUCGGGUUUGUCUUUAGAGCCACAGGAAGAUUUCAGUAAAAUGCAUGAAGACUUUGGAAAGGAGGUGAAGAAACUGAUUGCUGAUUGGUCCAGGAGAAGAGGCGGCGAUGAACCAGCUCUGGAGGAAAGCCUGAUAGAUCUUGGAUAAAGAAAUUUUAAGUUCUUGGUUUUUAAUCAUUGUGUUAAAUCAUGUUUGCAAUAUUUCAAACCUUUUAUUUCAUUAGAAACAGGAAAAGUUUAGUUUAAUGUAUUUGCUUUGUUCUGUUUUUAUGUUUUCCUACCAUACAUUGUUCAAUAAAUUAUCUAUAAUCUCUUUACUAUGUUGAUCAUUAGUGUGAAGUUAUUCCUUUGUUACAUUUUCACACUGUAAUCUAUAAAAUACAGUUCUGGUUAAAGAAUAACUGUGAACAUGGAUGCAAUAUUAACUUUUAAAUCAAAUUUGAGUUGACUUGGAUUUACUGCAGUACACACAGGCUCAUAGCCAUUAAAGUUUUGAUGUAUUUUCCUUAACAACUUGCGGAAAACCACCCACUUCCUGUAGAAAUACACAAACUUCAAAACAUUUGGCAGAUCCAAAUUCCUACCGAGUUUCAAGGUAUCGGUUUCAGUCUUGUAGAUCUUAACUCUUUUUUUUUUCCUUUUUUUUUAAUAGUGACAGUUUGGAUCACAGAUUGAAACUUUUAUAAAAGAAAAGGGUGUUUGAACACUAACAUCCCUAAACCACAUCAAAACUGGCGCUGUAACAUAAAUAAACAAUAUAACAAUAUUGUUGUAUGAAAUGGCAUUUAUCUUAUCCGUUUUGUUAAAGAUGUGGGCUACUGUUAAAAGCCAAAAAUCAUCUUAAAAGUAAUCCUACGUAAUCUCAUUACAAGAGUGGCCAAAUUGUGCACGUUAUUAGCUGCGUUUCCAUAUAAUCGUGUAAUUUGACAGUUAAAAAA